GUAUUUCAGAAUUUUUGGAAGAAUCAAACGUUGUACGUUUCUGUUUUUCUCUGUCACUGUACAAUCAAUAGUUUUGACUUACGUGAUAUAUAAAUCUAAAAACUUUCAAUUAAUAGCUAGUAUGUUUUCUUUUCGUGAACAAUUUAAUUAACCGAGACAAUAGGGGCUAUCGAGCUCACGAUACACGCGAAUGCAAAUCAGGUUGCAUAUAAUUAGGCAUGCAUGGAAAAUAACACGAUACUCCUGCUUUUGAUAUGAUAAUUAUCAAACGUGGCUACAGAUUCGAGUACGAUGGACACAAAUAUAAUGGAUUUCCAUCUCGCUCGAUAUUAACACGCGACUCAUUGGCAACAGCACCCUCUAAUUCUCAUUCUUCGGUCACGUAUGCAAUAUAUCAUUUGCAUACAGGUGAAAACGAACAAUAACUUCAAACAAUAUUACUAUAGUGACGAGGAAUAUUCUUUUAACACAGUUUUUGAUAAAUAUCAGCUAAAUAUCAUUUUAAAUCCAAUAGAAAAUUAGUAUAAAACAUUUACAAAGUCCUAUUUUCUUUCCUGAUCUCAAUCCAUUCUCAUUUUUAAAUAACAUUAUCCCAUCCGUCUUCAAUAACAUUGUUACUUGUUAAUUAUGUCUGAAUUGUUCUCUCGUUCAUCGAACAAAGAAUCGCGAUAAAGAUACGUGUUAUCCGUCAGCUGGGACAACUCUGAAUUUCAAAGAGAUAUCGUUGAAAAAAAACGGAGAAUAGGUCAAGCUUGAAUUUUUAACGAUCCACGGUCUUCAGCGUACGUAUAUAAGACGAAAGGAAAAUUCUGCUGGGAAAUGUUGCUCGUGUUGUUUCGCGGUUAAACUAUAUUAACAACGAGUUCGUUAUGUCGCGUCUCACCGCAUGGAUUGCUGCUUUGCUCAUAUUGAUCGGAUCUGUUUGGUCACAGGAACAGAUUCUUGAAGAAGGAAUCGGGGAACCAAGAUUCGGCUUUGGUUUGCUUGAGCCUAUACGAAUAUCUUUUUGCAAGAAUUCUUGCGAGUCAACUGAAAGAAACUCGUACAUACUGAAUCUUGCCUGUGCCGUAAAGUGUCCCGAAUUAUAUUUACCCCAUACAACUUCAAAACCAUCUUCAACAAUGACACCAUCGAGUAUGCCAGCUACGAGUAUGCCAACUGCAAAGAAUAGUAUGCCAACUACAACGAAUAGUAUGCCAACUGCAACGAAUAGUAUGCCAACUACAAUGCGUAUGUGAACAGAACCGAAGCUGUACCACAGAAUGCUUCGACAUCAAGUAAUAUCAUUAAUGCUAGUGCUGAUUCAACAUUAUUUUUUCUUUAUGUACGAAUAAGAUUUUUUGAGAAUUUCAUUAUAUAUUUUUGUAGAAUAUAAUAUACUAACAACUAAAGCAUAUUUUCAAACUUUAGAUUAGUAUGACAUUAUGGAAAUUUCAUGGUUCGUUAUUAAUAACAAACUGUGUGUCGAAAUGAGAAAGACUUUCUUUCGGUCUUUUGCAUUGGAGUAACGAAUGAAAUUUUUGCUAACAUAAUGUUAAUUAUGGAAGUUAUUAAAUCCGUUUCUUUUGUAUGUAGAGAACGAGUUUUUCGAGAAUAUUUAAUACAUGGUUCUUUAGAAUGUAGCACAAUAUUUUUUUAAGUAUAUUUUCUAUCUAUAUAGAUUGGCAUGGUGAACAAGUGAAAUUUUUACUAACAUGAUUUGAUACAAUUUGUUGGCUUUUUAUAUUUCUAAAUAAAUUGUGCUUUCAUCAACGAAAUUCUGAUGUAACUUGUUCAUUUGUACCAAGUCCUGUUUCUAUAAGUCCUCAAGUUGUACGAAGGAUGGCGUUAGUAAUACUGAGAUAUUCUGUAAUGCGUUAACGAAGAUUUCUGUUUCAUUAAAACAGGAAUAUUAUUCACGGUUGAUAUCAAAGAAAUAUUAAAUUUUGUUAUUGAUUUUUAAAAUACAUUUCCUGGUAACUAUCCUGUUUCUAAAGUUCAUAUAUGCUUAGAUAAUAUCAUUAUCGUUUUCCUUGUAAACUACAAGGAAUUCCGCUUCUUCGGUUUGUUUCUGCUACUAUUCCCGAA